UAGAAGUACUAUCACAUGUUAUUGUUUACAAGAUGUGCAGCUCAAAGUCUAUCAAGUGUAGCAUAAUUUUUGCAGUAUUUGGUGCAGUCUUUAUUAUAUUAGGAGGAGUACUAAUUCCUGUUUUUCACAAUUUCAUUAAAAAAGAAAUCAAAGAGCAAAUACCAUUAAAAGAAGGGUCAGCAAGCUUCAAAGCAUGGAAAGCUCCCCCUGUUCCUAUUUAUUUCCAAAUAUGGGUCUUUGACCUAUUGAACCCUCUAGAGGUAGUACAGAAUGGUGCUAAACCAGCUCUAAGACAGAAAGGCCCAUAUACAUUCAGAGAACACAGACAGAAAGGUAACAUCACCUGGAAUAAUAAAGAUGGAACAAUUAGUUACAGAGAAAAAAGAUCUUUUAAUUUUGAAAGAGAGAAAUCAGCUGGACCACAGACUGACACAUUUACUACAGUUAAUUUGCCCAUGAUAACUGUUGUUGAGCUCAUAAGAAGAGAAUUUGGGUUUAUACAAGAACUGGUGGAAUUAAUAUUAACACUUGCAAAUGAAAAUGAGCUAUUUUUGACACUUUCUAUAAAAGAUAUACUUUGGGGAUAUGAAGACAAUCUCCUAAAGAAGGUUGUUGACUUUGCAAAAUCAAUUGGACAUCCUAUAGAUUUAGACGACCAUUUUGGAUUAUUUUACAAUCAAAAUGGAUCUGAUGAUGGACUAUACAGUAUUUAUUCUGGAGUUAAGGGUGCAGAAAACUUUGCUUUUAUAAAAACUUGGAACAAUAUGAGCACUUUACCAUAUUGGACCACAGAAACAUGUAAUGUGAUAAAUGGUUCAGAUGGUACGUUGUUUCCACCCUUUGUGAAGAAGGAUGACAGGAAAUACUUGUUUUCUACAGAUAUCUGUAGAUCUAUUUAUGCUACAUUUGAUUCUGAUCAGACAGUACGAGACAUAGAUUUACUACGUUUUACCGUCCCUCCAAGAGUGUUCUUAGAUCACCUUCACAAUCCUGAUAAUGAAGGUUUCUGUACACCACAUGGUGUUUGUUUACCAUCAGGUCUGCUGAAUGUUAGUUCCUGUAAACAAGGUGCUCCAGUUGUUAUGUCACUUCCACAUUUCCUAUAUGCUGACCCUGUGGUACAAGAUGCUGUCUAUGGAUUAAAUCCAAAUAAGAUAGAACACCAAACAAUACUAGAUAUUGAACCGAAUACAGGAGUAGUAAUGAAUGCUCAAAAGAAACUUCAAGUUAAUGCCUAUAUCAGAAAUGUUUCCCACAUUACACAAACAUUACAAAUAAAAGAUCACAUAGUGUAUCCUGUAUUGUGGUUAAAUGAGAGUGCUGAAAUUGAUGAUAAGUCUGCCAAGGACUUUAAAUCAGCCGUACAGACACCCGUCCAUAUUACACAGGCUGUUCAGUAUGGUUUGAUUGUAUUAGGAGUACUUUUCAUUAUUGGUGCAGCAUUUUGGUUUGUCAAAGUAAAAACUAGUCAGACGAAAGAAGACGAGUUGGUGACUGUGGUGGACGAUAACCGAGACACAGCCCACUUAGUUGUGCAGUAGCCUAGUCAAAAUAAGUGCAAAUGGAGUUACCAAGAUGAAAUAUUAUUUUACUCCUUCCAAUGAUUGACUAUCAUUAUACUGUAAAAUUGGAAAUUUUCAUAUAGAGUUUAUUUUGAAAUGCAGAUAAAAUCCUGAAGAAAAUCUCCUUGAGGAAAUUUUUUCUUUAAAGAUCAACAUUAUGCACAAGAAAAUAUGAAAAUAAAACCUCAUGAACCGGUUUGACCCUAAAAAUUGUGAAAUUUAAACUCUGCAAAAAUUUUAGUGUUUUCCCUCUUCAGUAUCACUGACUUCACAUAUUGAUAUCUUUCUUAACUGUAUAGCAGUUAACAUCCUGUUGUCAAAAUAUUAAAUUAAUAACUUUAAAGAAGCGUUUAGAUACCUAUUUUUGAUCAUGUUUUUUUCAUAUUUAAGCUUUUUGUAAUCACAUUAGAGUGUUUAGAUACUGUAUAGCGGGUUAUUUUCGUGAGUGUAAAAUUUCGCGAUUUAGAGGCAACAAAGUAUAUGAAAAAUUUUGGGGGAUUCUUUAAUACCAAUUAAAUAAUUUGGCGUAUACUGGAAUGGUUGCAUUUAAAAAGUUGUAAAAAUUGAUAAACAAGUGUCUAUUAUUAUGGUUAAAUGAUUGUUUUACCUGCAUGACAUCUUAUUUAUUAAUUAUACUUUGAUACAGUUAAUCAAUAGAAUACCGGUACUUAUAUAUUUGUCACAGGUGUACAAACUUCUUGUAAAUGUUACAUUUGAUUAGUUACGAAAUUGACCAGACUUUUUAUGUACUGAUUAGAUUAUAAAAUUAUCAAGAGUGACUUGCAACUCUUAUAUAAUUUGAAACUAAUUAAUAAGGAUAAAAUACCUGACAGAGUACCUUACACUCUUAUAUUAAUUGACACCAAUAAACUAAUUAACACCUGACAGCCAGUGAAUAAUGCUCGUUGGCAUUUAUGUUGUUCAAAUUAACAUAAACCGUUAUUGACCCAUCGACCGGGAAUAAAUAGAUCGUUUACAAAACACUUUAGCUAUUAAAAAGUACCGAACGUAUGCAUAAAUUUUCUCGGAAUUUAUUUUCGCGAUUUUCCUUUACCCGCUAUACAGUAUCACUGAUCAGGUAACCAAUGCUCUGUGGUCGGUUAUAUUCAUAUUGUUAAAACAGACUGGUCCUCCUUUCUUUUAUUUGUUUUGCAUUAUACAUUUUAUGUUGUGUUAACAAUGUCAAACAAAUACGAUUGACAAUUGGGUUUUAUAUAACUUAAGAAAAGAAAUAACUCCCUAAACUUAGUUAUUAAUAUAGCUUACUUUAAUAAAAUUAGUAUUUUUCUAAAUUUAAAUUUUAUUGAUCAUUCCUUGGAAAACUAAGUAUAUUUUUUUAAACCAACAUCAUUUCUGCAUAUUAGUUCUUAACUUCACAUCAGUUUAAUUUUAACUUUUAGUGAAUUUUGAUCCUGAUAUAUAUACCACAAUUUUACAAAUGUUUAAAAAAACAGAUAAUGUAAAAUCUUGACAGCAUCCUAAGUUUUGGUAUAAUGAGAGUCAAUCAUAAAUUUGUUAACAAAUUUACUGUGAUAAUGGUGCAUGUUUAAUUUAUGAUUCUUUUUAUAAUGCUUUUAUAUAUUUGUGUUUGAUUCUACACAAUUAUAGUCUUCCGUUUAGGUCAAUACAUGGUUUUAUUGUCCCAAUGAAGUAUAUAUUGUCUGAGGACACAGUCCGAAGUCAUUAUUCUUUUAUGUAUCAGAAUAAAACACGUAUUGACUGAUAUGAAAAGGCUAUAAUUGUUUUAUUGUAACAUCAUAUUAUUCAAAAGCUGUGACUUAUCAGUCAAUAAUGAACAUUGAACAUAGACUUUGUUUCUGUCCAUUUCUGUUCAAUUUUGCUCUUCUGUUGAAUAUGGGCUAUCACCCCAGUCCUUCUAUCGUGUUUCAUUUUUUGUCUUGCCUGCAAUGAAAGCUGCGGAAGGGAAGACAUAGGUGUUGCUUUUCCAGUGGCGUCAACAAUUGUUAAGAUCAAUGAUAUUUUCUAUAAAGUUGCAUUACUAACAGUACAUGUAAGUUUGGCAACUAUUUCGAGGCCUUGUGACCGUAGGUCAUGGUCCAGUGACUUUCAAUUAAUUACAAAUUUUCAAUGUUAAGUUUUCUGCCUAAGUUAAAUUGAUAGGAAAUAAAUAUGAUAGACAAUGAUAUAUUCUAUAAAGUUGCAUUACUAUCAUUACUAUUUGACCCGCUGCCCUCCAUGUCAUGGUCCAGCAACUUUGAAUUAAUUAGCAAUUUAGCUGUCUGUCAGAUUGUCUUUUUCUGAAUUUUCUACUGACAGUCAAGUCAUAUCUCUGUGUCCACAGUUUUUUAUUCAUUUUAGUAAGACCUGGUCAUUAGUUGUUUUUAUAUUAGAAACAUGUGACAUGGAUUAACAAAUCUCAGUUUUUGAAUAAUAUCAUGUUAUAAUGAUAAUGUUUGCGUAAAAGGAAACCAUUUAUUGAACAAUUUAAUUUACUAUUGCCAUCAUUAUCAUCGUUUUUUAUUGGUUUGAAAAAAAAAAAUAUUUAUAGUUAUAGUUCAUUAUGUCUAGUUAGAUUUUUUAUUAGACAGUAUGACUAGCUAUAGCCACCAAUCCACUUUAAUUUGUAUAAUAGGGUAUGCUUUGUCAAAUGUUAGCUUUUUUCAUUAUUGCUUGAAAAGUAUUAUUGUUAAGUAAAUUUGAAGGUAUUGAAAAUUUUUUUUAAGGAUUUCGGAUUGGUCCAUGUUUACAUCCUGCACUGAUAAAAGUAAAUACUCAAAUAAUUAUGUGUUUCUAACAUCUUCCUGGCUUGAAGCAAGUCAAAAAUAUCUUAAUAAUUUCUUGAUUUGCUUAAAAAUUUUAAAGGAAAACACCACAGAUAUUACAAUGUGUAGAGAAGGAACUGCUUUCUCGUCUGCAGAAAUUGAUCUCUCUUUGUGUUUGGCUGAGUGUGGUUGCUAAAUCUUUAAUGUUUUUGUGAUGUUUUGUAGACCUGUCUUUUUGUGCAUAUUAUUCUUAUAGCAAGUGAUGUCUUCCUAAGAUUUCAUCCUUGUUAUCUAUUAGCUUUUAUAGCCUUGAUUUGUUUUACUGUAAUCUGAAGAGUUUAACAUGACCACAACAAAGUGUGGCCUUAUGAUACAUGUGUGCCAUAUUCUGUAUUUAUGCUUUUUCCAUUCAUUCUAUUUCUCUCAUUUGUUAUAUAGUAUUUGGUUAUACAUUUAUUACAUGCUUUGCAUGCUGGUUUAGUUGAUUAGUUUUUGAUCCUUUGAAAUUUCAUCCUACAAGUAGCACAAGAAUAGUUAUCUCUUUCCAAACUUUAUAUCCUAUACUUUGAAAUAUUUUGAAAACUGUUGUUAUAAAAAAAAUGAAAUGAUCUUAUUUUUUUUCUAAUUUUGAAAUCUUCAAAAACACCAAAAAAAAUGCAUUUGUUCAAUGAAAAUGUUCAGAACAUUAAAGGAAAAAUCAGCCUAUUGCUUUUUGCAUUAAAUCAUAUUUAUUUAAUGGACAGAUAAGCAUCUAUGAUGGCUAUUUUGUUUGAGAUUUACCAGUAUAUGUAAUAUUUGAUUAAUUUUUACCAUAUAGUUGUGAUGAAUGUGAUUGAGGAGUGUGAGGCAUACCUAUAAUUACCUGUAUGUCUUGCCAGCUCUCAUUGUAUCGUUAGGUCUGUUUCAGAAUAAGUAUAAUAAUAGACAAUUAAAAUAUUUUCUGAUUUUCUGUUAGACUUCAUGAGUGUCUGGUUGGGGGUUAAUGAAUUGGGAAUAAUGGGGGAAAAGUGCAAAUAGAUAAUGAUUUAACAUGAUAUUCACCUUAAACUAGCUUAUACAUGAAACUCACAUGAAAAUUUUCACAUGAACUUUACAAAAAACAAGUUUGUAUGGUUCUUGAUUUUAAUUAAAUUUAGAAAUUGAAAUGAUAUUUGAAUAACUUUAUUUUGAAAAUUUACGUGAAUUUCCUGUGAAAAAAAAAUCAUUCGAGUUUCACAUCUCUUGUGAAACUCAUGUGAAAUCGGUUUACAUGGUUUUAGCUCGUUUGAGGUGAAAUUCAUCAGGAAUUUCACUGGUAUUUCAUUUUAACAUGAGAUUCAUGUGAGUAAAAUUUCUCUGUCUUGAGAAAAAUAGACCCCAAAAAAUAAAUAAUAGAGAAAAAUUGUUUGCAAAAUAUAAAGAAUCAAGAAUAAUGGACAAACAAAUAAAGAAAAUAGAAAAAUGGCCAAAAAAUUUAAAGAAUACAGAAAGUAAGGACCCCUCAGCCAGACCCUUCUCCAAGGAAAAGAGUUUUAAGAUGAUUUAAAUCUUAAUUCUACAACAUAAGUUUGGUUUUACAGUCCUGUCUUUUUUCAGGGAGAAUGUAAGAACUCUAAACCUGCAGUCAUGCUUUGAUGGCUUUGAAAUUUAGAAUUUUAAGUUUCUUGUAAGUUCUGUAUAAGAAGAACUUAUGUUAGACUGUUCAAUUUGAUUUUUAUUAUGCUUUUACAUAAAUAUGCAAUAAUCUUAGACUGGAGAGAAAUGCUUGGCAUAUCUAAGCAAUCAUGUUCAGUGAUUUAAACAUUUUUAAGCAUCCAGGUACCUGUAUGUAUUAGAAUGACAGAUUAAUUCUGAAUGAAAAAAGACUUCCUUUAGUCACACCCUUAGAAAUGUUUUGGCAGAUGAGGGUAAAACUAUCGCUGUUUUAACAGUUUAUUGGUUGUUAUUCGUGAAGUGUUGAUAUGUACUAUUUGGUGCAGGAAAUAUAGUGACAUUGCUUUGAGAUUCCUAUAUGUAUAACUUAUUUUAUAUUUUUGUAUUUUUUUGACAGGAUUAGGAAAUUUUAAAGCAAUCUUUAUUUGAAUUAUGAUAUCCAUUACAUACAUGCUGUAUAGUACUGAGCUGUUAAUGAUAUUUUUGAUGUGGGAGGUAUUUAUAGUGUUGAAUGGACUGGAUAUGAACUUGGCAAAAUUUAUUUUAAAGAAAACUGAAAUUGUACAGGACUAUUCCAAAAUUAAUUGUAUGGAGGUUGGGAGUUUGAGGCAUCUAGUAUGAAUAAUAUAAGGGUAGUAGGGUUUGGAAUAUUUAUUACACAAUAACAUUAAAUUUCUAAUUUAAAUUGUAUAAGUGGGCAUCUUGGGAAAAGUAUUUUCCAACCCCAUUCUUUUAAUCUUGGAAUAGCUCAAAUUGCAUAAUGAAUAUUAAGUGUAGUUGGCCCAGUUCAUCAAAUUGUUUCAAUAUAUUUCAGAUGUGGACAUUUUGGGAGAGAGAUAUCUCUGUUCAAAAGUUUAUUUGAAUUAUUAAUUUCUUUGUAUUCAUGUUUUUAUUUAAGUCAAAUAAAAUACUCAUUCUUUGCUUAA